GUGCAAGUGGCGACGAUUUAUACGUCUGUCUGAAUUUGAUGUUUGAUUUUAGAAGAAAAUGGCAGUUCUAUUUUUUUCUAUUCAGUAAUAAUUUAAGUUUUCUGAUAUAAAUAAAUAAAGUCAUGGCGGAUUAGCUCAAACGUUUUUCGGUUUCGAAAAGUUUACAUCAUGGCACCUCUUCGUGGAGGGAAUUCUAAAAACAAAGCCUGUGUCAAGCAGGCUAUGACGGUUUCUACAAACCAAACAACUCAGGGACCUUCUACCCCUAGAGUCACCGUGAAAGAAGAUAUUAAGGAGCCAGAACAAAGUGUAACUUAUUUUGUGGAUGAAGAAGGCAGAUACUAUUACCAGCCUUCUGUGGACAAUGAAAAUCUUACCAUGACUAUUGCUAAUGCAAAUGAUUCUGAACAAAAGCAUAUAAUAGUCAAUGAAGAUUACCAAACAGUCACAUUAGUGCCGUCGGAGACUGAUAUGGGUGAAGUCAGUUAUGUGCUGGUGGUUCAAGAUGACAAGCAAGUUAUGAAUAUUAAUAUAAAGGAGGAGAAUGAAGGUGAUGUUUAUACAUUUGAAGAUGAAGAAGAAAUAACAGAAAAAGCUGAUGAGCCAUCAGAUGCCUUGGCUAAGCCGAAACGUAAACAAAAGACUUCGCGGCCUAAUUAUAAUUGCAAUUAUUGUAAUUAUGUAAGUCACAGAAAGUAUUUGCUCUUAAGGCAUAUGAAGUCACACUCAGUUGACCGACCAUUUAAGUGUUCUGUUUGUGAUCGGGCAUUUAAGACCCGGGUUUCGCUGAAUAAUCAUACAAACACCCACAAUGGUAUCAAGCCACAUAUUUGCAAAUAUUGCAGCACACCAUUCACUACUUCAGGUGAGCUUGUAAGGCAUGUUCGCUAUAAGCACACUCAUGAGAAGCCUCACCGUUGCACACAAUGUGACUAUGCCUCGGUAGAACUGUCCAAACUGAGAAGACACAUACGCUGCCACACCGGAGAGAGACCGUAUCAGUGCCCGCAUUGCACAUACGCGUCGCCGGAUACGUUCAAAUUAAAACGUCACUUACGCACGCAUACCGGCGAGAAGCCAUACAAAUGCGAUUCUUGUAACAUGUCUUUCACCCAAUCCAACUCACUGAAAGCUCACAAACUUAUCCACAAUGUGUCAGAGAAGCCAGUGUACGCUUGCGAGCUUUGCCCGGCGAAAUGUGGACGUAAAACUGAUUUGCGUAUUCACAUUCAGAAGUUGCAUACAUCGGACAAGCCCCUUAAAUGCAAGCGUUGUGGGAAAACCUUUCCGGACCGAUACUCUUGCAAAGUUCAUAAUAAGACCCAUGAAGGCGAGAAAUGCUACAAAUGCGAGCUUUGUCCCUACGCAUCGACAACGCUUCGACACUUAAAGGCGCACAUGCUCAAACAUACUGACGAAAAACCAUUUGUCUGCGAUCAAUGUAACCAAUGCUUUAGGCAGAAGCAGCUUCUUCGUCGUCACCAAAACUUGUACCACAACCCUGACUAUUCGCCAAAACCACCCAAAGAGAAAACACAUGUUUGCCACGAGUGUAACCGCAGCUUUGCACACAAGGGGAACCUCAUUCGUCACUUGGCUAUUCACGAUCCAGAUUCUAAUCACCUUGAGCAGGCGUUAGCCCUAAGGAUUGGCAGACAAAAGAAACUUAGGCCACAAUCAGAAAAAACAAUAUGCGAAGAGAAUUCCAGUCCGCUUGAAGAAGAAGUUGUUAAAAUAGAAGUGGCCAGCAAUGAAAAUAAAGAAGAUGAAAAUGUGGAAAUAACUGGUGAAGAAAAUCAAGAGUAUGUAGUCUUAGAGGUCAUACAAUUGGAAGAUGGAUCUGAGCAACAAGUGUGCCUCAUCACACCACAUUACUCUGACAUGGAGAGACGAGAAGAAAGUGAUCCAGCAAACGCCGAUGAUAAUUCAGAAGGAACCCAAGAUUUAUUCUACAAAGCACAACUAAGAAAGACAAUCGAACAAAAUUUGAAAGCAGAAAAAGACUUAGAUACUUGCUUUGGAUUUGAUGAAGAAGAAGAAGAAGAAGAGGAGACCGUACCCAAAUUUGAGCAACAAGAAAAUAAAGGAUACUUUAGACUCCAGUAUGAGUUAAGCGAUGAAGAAGAUUUCACACUUCACUAUGAGUCAAGUGAUGCAUCUGAAAAAGAUGGUGAGUAAUGCCAUCAAAAUGUGUCUAAGCGUUUAGUACACAAAUAAUCAUAAAGUAUAUUUAAGUUAGAGCAAUUGAAUUGGGGACCGAGUAAUGCCUCAAAAAGCUGAAAGAACUCACAAGGGUGCAUAUCCAAUGUUUUUUUUUAAAUUUUGUAUGUUUAUUUCUAUAAAAAACAUACAUUGUUAAUUUUAUCCUUUAAUCAUUUUGUAUUUUACCAGCAUUUAAUAUAAAUGCAUUUACAUGAUUAGUCCGCUUCUAUGACGAAAAAUAACUCCUUAACUACGUUUAGGAAACUCAAAAAUACGCCUUUGGUUAAAUACAUAUCUGCCAUUUUAGAUUUUUAGACCAAUUUUUUAUAAGUGACAAUAGGACGGAGGCUGUACUGUAUCUUCCUAUACCUGUGAUAAGUAUUAAUGUGGAAAGUGCCAAUGAAGUACUGUACCUAAUUUGUUGUAUUUUAUUAAAUUAAAUAAACUUCCUUUGUGGCUAAGUGGUUUUAUGAAAUUUCCCAUUUGCCUGGUUGUUUUAACAUUUUAGGGCCGGAAGAUUUGAAUGGAUCAAAACAACUUUUUUUUGAUAUGUUUAAGAUCUCCCAAAAAAAAAAAACAUUAGGAUAUGCACUUAAAAUUACAUAUUAGUUUGUCUUGCAAUUGUAUAAAAAUCGUUAUUUCAGUGAUAUUUCAAACUAAAAACUGUUCGUUUACAAUCAAUGUGGCCUUUGACAAACCAAAAAUGUAUUUAUCAAAUCAUUGGAAAUUAUGUUUUUUUAAAGUAUGACGCAUAGAACUAAAUAUAAUACUUAUUACCGCAAUAAUCAGUUAUAGAUCAAAAAACAGCGAAAUAAUCAUAUAGUUAUAGUAAGUUUUGGUAAUGUUAAUGUACAUAUUUAAUACACAGAGACAGAACUUUUAAAAAUCGUUAUCUGUGUCUGAAACUCCUGAAUAGUGUUAUGAUGCUUUAUAUAAAUGCAUCCAUAAGAAUCUGCAUAGAUGAUUCAUUGGCAAGAAUUUAAUCAUUUUUUACACAAAAGCUAUUUUAGAUUAAUACAAAUAUCAUAGACUUGAUGUAGUAAGCUUAAAGCUAACUUAAAAUUCAAGAAUCUUGUUAAGCUGGACAUUUAAAGGAUUUUUUAUAUCUGUGUGAGUUAUUUCUAUGAAACUUGUACUAGUCUCACUUCUGAAAAUGGUGGUUUGUUAAUCAAAAGAGAAUUGUUACUGUCCCAUGUUUGAGUAGCUUCUGUGUAACUUAAGCCCUGAUGAAAUUAUAUACAUAGAAAGUUAGAGCAGACAAAUUGUAAUUUGAAUUUUGACAUCUCAAGUACAAUGUAAGGAGCUUCAAAUGUAACAGCUGUUAUCGCCCUUCAUUGUAAAUAAAAGAUAAUUUUAACCAAUAACAAUAGUAUAUCUAUGAUGUAUGUGGAAAUUGUAAAUACGUAAGUUGUAAUAAUUGUGAAUUUAAUUAUGUAUUGCUAAUAUAUCUUUACGUUAGAUACUUUAAAAUCGCCUAUAACCUAUUCCAUUCAUACUCCUGUUAUUUUCACUUAGGGAGCGUUCAAGUAUUACGUAACAAAUUUGGGGGGGCGGUCCUCUUGUAAAACGUUACGAUGCGGGGCGGGGAUUGAAUUACGCGUUAUUGAUAAUAUUAUUUUCGA